CGCAUCUGUCUCAGCUAACGCAGCUAAGCAUUUAAUCGCAAGAGUUUUCACAGCUGCUAUUUCAUGCAUUUACAUCUGGUAGGUAAGAAAUAAAAAUGUAGUUCUCAUGAAUCCAGCAGGAGCUUCUGGUGGUUGUGAAGAAGACGUUUGUUACAGCCUGUCAUGUUCGGAUGGAGUAAAUAGCCUUCUCCAGUCUUUCUGAAGUUGUAUCUCCUCCCAAAGCUUGCGAGACACUAACAUGGAGCAGGUGGAGCAGCUCAGGUCUGCCAGCCCUCAGCUGGAGUCUGUAAGGUCAGAGGUCUCAGAAGGGCAGGAUGAAGGAAGCACCAGCACUCGAAGGAAGAGGAGAAAGCGAGAGCACCGGCCGGAGUCCAUCAUCGUCUACCGCUCUGAUCCAGAGAGAGACCAUGGAGGAGAUAGCGAGGCUGGAGAGAGGAACUCUGAAGAGGGAGCUACGUUCCUGAACAACCCCAGCAGUGAAGGUUGGGCCGUGUCUACUGACAGCCGCUACGUGACGCUCACAGGGACCAUCACACGCGGAAAGAAGAAAGGUCAGAUGGUGGACAUCCACGUCACGCUCACCGAGAGAGAGCUGCAGGAGAUGGCCAGGUCAAAGGAGCGUCUGGAUGCCGAAUGCGACGCUCGCGAGGGAUCGAGUCGCUCGUGUGGUCUCGGUCUUUCUCAGGGACCCCAUGUUGUCCUGUGGAGCCUCUCCUGCGCUCCCUUCAUCUUCGUCCUGUCCUUCAUCACCUCGUUUUACUACGGUACUCUCACUUGGUACAAUAUAUUCCUGGUGUACAACGAGGAGCGGACGUUCUGCCAUAAGAUCACGGUCUGCCCGUUCCUCAUCAUCUUCUACCCCGUGCUCAUUGUGGCUCUGUCGCUGUCGCUGGGCUUGUACUCGGCCGUGGUGCAGGUGUCCUGGGCCUUCAGCGAGUGGUGGCUGUCGGUCAGGGAUCUGGAGAAGGGUUUCUGCGGAUGGGCUUGUGGGAAGCUGGGACUGGAGGACUGUUCUCCGUACAGCGUGGUCGAGCUGCUGGACUCGGACACUAUUUCUGGGAGUCUGCGGGGAAAGUCGCAGCAAACAUCCUCGGUGUGAUUAGAAAUCUCUGAUGGUUACACAGCCCUGCAUUUUAAUAAUAUAUUAUAAUAGUUCUCCCAGAAACAACAUUUUCUGAAAUGUACUCACUGUUAGGUCAUACAAGAUAAGGAUGAGUUUGUUUCUUCGUCAGAUUUGGAGAAAUGUAGCAUUGCAUCAGUGUCUCAUCAGUGGAUGCUUUGCAGUGAAUGGGUGCCGUCAGAAUUAGAGUCCAAACAACUGAUAAAUGCAUCACAGUAAUCCACAACACUUCAGUUCACUGUGCAGAGCUGUGGCUCUCCAGGAAUUAAGUUUAAAGCCAUCGCAUCUGGCUAAAAUACGAGUUCAUAAUCCAUAAUAACAUUUCUUCUUAUGAAAACGCCUUCUCCUGUUGUGUCUCUCAUCAAAAUCCAGCCACGUAUUUGUGUUGUGUUACUAUGGAUUAAGGACUUGUAUUUUUUUUUCGGGAGCAACAGUUUAAAGGUAAAUCAUCUUAAUGAUAUAUUUUAUUUUUUAUAAAUAUGCAGCUUUUGGCAGAUGCAUUGGUGAAGCAAAUCUGAUGAAGAAACGAUCUAAAUCUUGCAUGACCUGAAAGUGAGCAUAUUUCAGCAAAUUUUCAUUCCUGGGUCAACUAUUCCUUUAAUUGUAAUGCUUCAGGAUGAAUUGAACUUGUGAUCUGCAAAGUACUGUAAAAAAUGUUUAAAUAACUUUUGCUAAAUCUGUAAUUUUCUGUGACUCUUGGGGUGUAGUGAAACACUUAUCUACACGUAGGAGAAAACAUCCGGGUCAUGUUUGCAUUUCUCUCUAUAAGGCUAUAAUUCUGUGAAUUCUGUCUGCCUUGAAAUCAGGAUUAGGAAGAAAAUAACGUAAUGCAUCAGAAAAUGGGCUGAGAACUGAACAAAUAGUUGCAGUUGGCUCCGUGGAGGACAUGAAUCAUUUGGAUUUCAUUCAGCAGAUGUAAUGCAGGGUGGUGUUACUGCUCAUGGGCCAAACUUUUAUUUAGUCCUUUUUUCAUAUUGUGGGGCAUUCAUUCUUUCAUAUGCAGUACAUUUUAAAUAUUUAUUCUUUGCCAUUUUUUAUUGGCACUUGGAAGGUGUUCAUUUUGGAUCCUGGGCCAAACUCUAAUUUGUUUUACUAAUUUAGUCUCUUGCUCACCAAGAAAGUUGUUGUUUUUUUACAGCAUUUUUUCAUAUUGUAAGACAUUCAUUCUUUCAUAUGCGGUACAUCUAAACUAUUUAUUCUUUGCUCAUUUAUUGUAUUUUUUAAACAGUUUGCAUGUCUUUCUUUUUAUAUUUAAAAUGUUUUUGUUUUUUUCUAUAAAGCAGAUGGGUUAUUGAAAGAGCAGAGGAGUAAAGGCUUUUCAUAACCCCCUGUAAAAUGAAGCCAUAUAUAAUCAUCUUCAAGUGAACUGUGAGAUGUUUUGUGAGAUUGUGAGAAGCCCUGUGUAUCCUGUGAGUAGUUUUAUUUAUGACGAGCCCCAGAGAAUUUAAUAAAUGAACACAAAAGUGGCAAAUUAUGUGCAGAAUGUUGUGUGUUUGUGUUUAUGGGGGCUGACAAUUAUUACAAAUAUUAUAUUCAUAAGAGUCAUAACCAGUACAAAGACUGUGUCUGAGUCAAAAUAACAUUUUAAAUCACUGCAUAUCAAAUGCAUUAUGAGAAAAUGGUGUUUCUUCUGUCUAACAUUAGGUUGGUUAGUCAAUUUUUCAUUACGUUUUUCUUCGUUUCUCUUUGAUUUAAUCGUUUGAACUUGCAUUUAUAUUGUGCAGUGAUGCUCAAAGAAGAUAAUAAAAUGAAUACUCCUGUA